GUACGCGCCAGGGGUUCCGCAUCCCUGUUCCCCAAUCUCUUUGGUUGCCCCCUUUUGAGCCCGCACUCAGCCCUUACCUCCUGUCCACCCCGGGACGCAGAGAGAAUGGAGAUGGGAGGGGAGGCGACGUAGAGGGCUGAGGAGGGAUCUGUGGGAGGGUGUACGGACGCUGGCGAGUAGUCGGCGGGGGAGGGGUGGGCCACUAGGAGAAUUGGAGAUGGGGCGGGCCGAUGGGGCUGCUGAGGCCAAGGGAGCCCAGGAUCAGAGGACUUCUGCACUGACCCAGGGGCUGGAGAGAAUCCCAGACCAGCUCGGCUACCUGGUUUUGAGUGAAGGCGCAGUGCUGGCGUCAUCUGGGGAUCUAGAGAAUGAUGAGCAGGCAGCCAGUGCUAUCUCUGAGCUGGUCAGCACGGCCUGUGGCUUCCGGUUGCACCACAGCACGAACAUACCCUUCAAGCGCCUAUCGGGUGUGUCUCCUCUCCAGUGGUCUUUGGAGAACACACGCUGCUGGUGACCGUGUCAGGACAGAGGGUAUUUGUGGUGAAGAGGCAGAACCGAGGCCGGGAGCCUGUUGACGUCUGAGCCUGCCAGAGGGCAAGGGGCAGAGGUGGAUUGGGUCCAUGAGCCUCUGUGAUGAGGAAGACGCAAACCUCCUCCACCUCUUUCUUGGCUUGCUGCUAGAACUAAGGCUUUCUGCUCACCCACUGCCCCACCCCUACCUGCAAGGGCAGAGGCUUGGGGACUUUGCACUGUGUCAAGGAGAGUGAGGGCAAGGGGAUCUCCCUCUUCCCUCCCUCCCUCCUAAUAAACAUGAGUUUGAUGCUCCCA